UUCCUACGGUUUAAAUCUCCCUCCAGUAGGUAGAAAGAACGGGACUUGUAACAAGCCUCUGGCCUAUCGCGUAGUAGAAAGAAGAAGAAGGCGGAUCCUCUUCAAGCGAUUGGCUACACGAAGAGCACAAAGGAAGGCAGAAAUCAUCUUAACUAUCAUCGAACAAUACAAACAAGGUUUAGUACAGCCACGCCUACCACCUUGCUCUUCCAAUAGACACUCCUUACAUCCUCUGACGCGCAUGCCUAUGUUAGCCAAUUAAAACGCGGUUAAACCCAUAGCUGGAACUCGUUCUCGGUGUUUCAGUGGCAAAGAAAACGGCAUUUGGGAUUGGUUGACGCUGGGGCGGUAGCUGCUUGGUGGAGUUCAUGUAGCAUCAUGUCUGAGAACUUUUCUCCCAUAGAGGCUGAUGUCCCUCAUUCACAUCUUGGGUUCAGAUCCAGCUGCAGGAUGGUACUUAAUAUGUUCCGGGAUCCUGAGAUCUCACUGCCCUUGACUCCAGAGGCACCUCUUACUCCAGUCUCAAGCCUAACUUGGGGUUUGAGGAACCUCAGCACGUUAGCAGGGGAUACACCAAGAUGCUGCCUAGAUCUCUCCAAUCUCAGUAACGGGGAAGAAGAAACAGCCUUCAACUUCAGCCCAGGAACAUUGGAAACAGGUCAGAAGAGCUCAAGAAAACUCCAGCAUAAGCCCAGAGCAUCAGGGAGGCAGUGUGCACAAUUGCUCCAGUCCCAGGGACUGUGUAGCACUCCCAGCUACAUCCGACAAGUUGGCAGGGAGAUCAGCAGUCCUUCCAUGAACAAAGAGAAUGAGGGUAGCCUGUUUAAGCAUCCAGGAUGGCGCAUGCCCAGGUCCCUGCUGUUCUGGAAGAGACCACCAGACACACCGCUAACCUGCUAUACUGCAAUGCUAGAAGCAGGGGAUCUAGAGGAGUAUGAGAUGAAAGAUCUUGGCAGUCCAAUUGCUGCAGUGGCACCAUCAGGAAUGCCAGAGGCGGUGGAUGGCUUGCCAGAGCUUUGUCCUGAUGAACAGGAAGAGACUGAGAAGCCAGUCACUGAGCACCUCUCCAGCAUGGCCAUCUUGUUGUCUGGACCACUCCUUACCCAGGACAUCAGUGUUAGUGAGGUCUCCAUGAACAAGACUCGUCUCUUCCGAUCUCCAUCGCUGCCCGAGAAACUGAAUAGUCCUAUGCUGAAGAGGGCAAUAAAAAGCCAAGAUGAUGGUGAAACUCCCAACAACAUGAAACAGAAGCACAGCCCAAUCCAAGAGGAGCCAGAUGGGAUCAUGUUUUUAAAGAAGACAGCCUCCCUUUCUGACAUGGAAAUUGUCAGAGCGCUUGAUCAAGACCACGGCUUCAGGCAGCUGAUUGGAGAUUUUUCCAAUGUAUAUUCACUGCCAACAGUAAUAGGAAGGCAUCAGGACCUGAGAUACAUCACCUCAGAGACUAUGGCUGCCCUGCUCCAUGGCCAAUUCCAAAGCCUUAUUGAGAAGUUCUGCAUUAUUGACUGUCGCUACCCCUAUGAAUAUUGUGGGGGACAUAUCAAGGGGGCAUUGAAUAUCCACAGGCAAGAUGAUCUAUUUGACUCCUUCCUGAGGAAGCCCCUUCUCUCAUCAGUGCCACGGAAGCGCCUCAUCCUCAUUUUCCACUGUGAAUAUUCCUCUGAGAGGGCCCCCAAGAUGUGUCGCUGUCUGAGGGAAGAAGACAGAACCAUGAAUGAAUAUCCUGCACUGCACUAUCCCGAACUGUAUGUCCUUCAGGGUGGCUAUAAGGACUUCUUCCUAGAAUAUAAGGAGCUGUGUGAGCCCCAGAGCUACUGCCCCAUGCGUCACCAGGAUUUCAAGGCAGAGAUGCUCAAGUUCCGUGUCAAAAGCAAGAUGUGGGCAGGAGCAUGGAGGCAGAGGGAUCAAGUUACUCGUCUCAUGAAGCUGUGAGGUCUGAGCCAAUCUCCAAGAGUGAUUCUGCUGUAAGAGGACUCUUCCCUGACCAAAGGAAAGUUUGAGGUCUCUGUAAUAGACUGUGCCACACAGACGCUAAGCAAGUGAGCAAGGUGGAGGUGGCAGUGGUUACAAUGAGGAGAGUUCAGGAAUGUUAGGUGAUACCUUGCUGGCUUCCACAAGUUUCACUUGGGUGAGGUUCUGCCCAAGUUCAAAGCAUCAUCGUGGAAGGGACUGAGCAGGAACUGGCAAGACUGCCUGUGGAAAAAAUAGUGUCUCCUUCAGAGGAGUUGGACAACACCCAAAUGUCUCCUAGGUGUGGCCCAAAAGUAGCAGGCUAGGCUUGUUUUGUAGUCCAAGCUCAAAGCUAGUUCCUAGCGGGAAACUCUAUUACUUUUUAAUGCUACUCAUAGGUUUUUGCACUUAGGUGUCUGAUUUUAAUGGAAGAAUAAACUGUACUGCACAUAAUGA